AUGGAAAAAAAUGGAGCUGAUUGUGACAUUGCUAUGGAAGGCACUAAUGAUUUGUUCAUAGGCAACUGUAAUAGUACAGGAGAGUCAGAAACAAAUGAUCAGGUUUUUCAGCAUCUAACCUGCAUGGAUCCCAGGGAUCUGUUGUUUGGACAGAGUGACUCUCCCACAGCCUUGCCCAUCGCAGUACGCCUCUUGGACAGUUCUCCAUCAUUGGCUGCACCCGUGCGGCCAUCCCAGCCGCAGCCUCGCUCUGCAGAGGAGUUCCACCUGGUAGACCAAACUGGGCAGCCUCUCUACGAGCUGCAGACCCUAGGAGGGCCCAGUGCACAGAUGAUGAUUGUUGCCAGCCAGUCAGAAAAUGGGCAGGUGCUGCAUGUCAUUCCUUCUGCCCAGCCAGGAAUGGCCCAAGUGAUUAUUCCUCAAGGUCAGCUUCUGGAUGUGACCAGCACGCAGGAUGUUUCGGAAGGGAAGUGUGGUGAUGGGAACUUGCAGACUGCGGCGGUGGCUGCUAUAGCAGACAGUGCAAGCAGUUACAUUCUACAUCCACAGGCAUCUCUCACCGUAUCGAAAAACCCAACCACCAGGGUAGUGGAAGAUCCCUUUCCUAUCCCUCUUCAGCCGUUGCCGCCAAAUACGCCUGCAUGGGCAUGCCGUCUCAGGAACUGUGAGAAAAUUGGGGACUCGUACCGUGGCCAUUGUGUGAGCGAGACAGAAUUAGAGAGUGUCCUAACGCUACACAAGCAGCAAACACAAAGUGUGUGGGGGACACGCCAGUCUCCAAGCCCAGCCAAACCCGCCACACGGUUGAUGUGGAAAUCUCAGUAUGUCCCAUAUGAUGGGAUCCCCUUUGUCAAUGCAGGAAGCAGAGCCAUUGUAAUGGAGUGCCAAUAUGGGCCAAGGAGGAAAGGGUUCCAGCCCAAAAAAGCUGGUGAGCAGGAAAGCACCUCCGGCCAUCUGUACAAAGCCACUUGUCCAGCAAGGAUCUAUAUUAAAAAGGUUCAAAAGUUUCCGGAAUACCGAGUUCCUACUGACCCUAAAAUUGACAAGAAAAUCAUAAGAAUGGAGCAGGAGAAAGCAUUCAACAUGCUGAAGAAGAAUUUGAUAGAUGCUGGCGGUGUUCUCAGGUGGUAUGUACAGUUACCCACUCAGCAAGCCCACCAAUAUCAUGAAAUGGAAACUUCCUGCCUCCCUUCUUCACCGUCCCAUUUUUCUGUGUCUUCUCCUGAGGAGGAGGAGGAAGUUGUUAGAGAUGAGAACUGUACUCUGCCUUCCCGACUUCAUCCUCAAGUGGCAGACAAGAUCCGAGAACUGGUGUCUCAGGGAAUAGAGCAGGUCUAUGCAGUGAGGAAGCAACUAAGAAAGUAUGUGGAAAGAGAAUUAUUCAAGCCUGAUGAAGUGCCAGAAAGACAUAACCUGUCCUUCUUCCCCACUGUGAAUGACAUCAAGAACCAUAUUCAUGAAGUGCAGAAAUCCCUGAGGAAUGGUGAGAUGGUGUGUAAUUCAGAAAGUAUCCCAGCAACGCUGCAGUGGACCACAGACAGUGGAAACGUUCUCACAGAAACAGUGACUGUUACAUUUGCGUCACCACCUUCAGAUGGUAGGACUGCAUUAAUAACUUAA